AUGUCCGAUCGCCCUUCAAUUUUGCCCCUCCAUUCGGACUCCCAUGGAUCUUUCGUAGCUAUCCCCCUUUCUGACACAGCAGAUGACGUGGAGACGGGUCAAUUUGGAGGUCGCGCCGUUCUCGACGGUCCCAUGACGGCAGAACCGGAGAGGAUGGCCGCAGAGAGCGACUGUAGUUCCACAGUGUCAAAGGCUGGAAUCUGGCUGGCACCUGCUCCUGUAACAUUCAUUUCCCAGUCAAGUGACUACAACAAGAUCAAGCCUCACGACAACAUUGGUGCGGACAAUCGUAUUGUGCCUCAUAGAACGCUCGAUUCCAAGUGGAAGCCAUUCGUUCACCCGGAAGGCUCUGUCUACUUCCGGCAGGAGAACUGCUUCACAAAUGUGUGGCUUUAUGAUGAGCCGAACCUGAAGGCCAUAGAUGAUACGAUGGAGAUGGUCAUAGAUAUCCUUCGACGACGCCGCAUAGCUUUGAGCGACGUCGAAGUGUGCUUGGAUCUCGACAUCGAUGAUGAUGGUGUCAAACUUGGAUGCUACUACGUUUGCAACAAGAAGACCGAGGAAGUCUUUUGGCUGCAUCCCAUUGGGAAUACAUUCUUCUACGACGGUGAAGACGUCAGAAUCUUGAGUAGGGAGCAUCUUGGUCUCGCGGCUGGAAUAGGCUAUAGGGAUCAUAUAUAUAUGUUUCCUCAUGGCCGCCAUUUGACGCCCGAGGACCUCCAGCUAUUGAGAGCUGAUCUCGCCUAUCAUAUGUUCGACAAGCAGACGUCCAAAAGCUCCACAGCACCUUACAGUGUUGAAGAUCUCGAUAACCUCCUCAAAGUCCUCAAGCAAGUCGAGAUCUCCAGUGAGGCGAAGGAGACCUUGCCCCAAUAUGUGGUUAUAGUCGCCCGUUUGAGAACAACAUUAUGUCGCGAGCGCUUCAUGCGCUUCCAUGGAGAGCGCUACGCCCAGCUCGAUUCCGACAGAAGUGUUUAUGAAGACGAACACAGACAACGCUCUGUCUUAUUCAAUGUAUUGACAUGGUUGUUCUUCUACACGCCCCCGAUCUACUUCGAACGUCUCAGCAGGGUGUGGGUCGACAACAAGGUCAACUACGAUAAUUGGAGGGGCUUUAUAGGCGAACUUCAAGACGACUGGAUGGCUUCUAUCACUCCCUCCACUGUCAUCCUUUCGGCGAACGUCGGGUUCCUCGCGAUUCAAAGUGUGGAUCAUGAGGACGAUUAUAGGAGCGUGGCACAGAUUGUCAGUUACAUGUCGACAUUGCUCGCUCUUGGGAACAUUGUUGCCUGCACUGUCCUGGCACGGCAACAUCGACCAAACCUGCAUCUUCAUUCCGAUGAUGCGAUAAAGUACCUCGUCCCGAGAGCGUCAAACAGGUGGGGUAUGGAGAAGCUCGCCAUCAUCUUCAGCAUCCCAACGGCAUUCAUCCUCUGGGCGCUACUAUUUUUCUUCAUCGCGAUAGCCUGGGUCUGCUUCCACAACACGACCAUCAUCACCCGAGUCGUUAUCGCCGUCACAACUGCUGUUUCCACAAUCCUCGUUGCUGGGAUCAUUCACAACGGCGACUGGCAGCCAGAGCAAGACAAUACCUCGCUCUCGGCAACCAUGACGCGCAUGAAGAAGCUCAUAAAGACGGCUCGCAGGUUUACCAGGGGAAGCUGGUCGAGAAGAUGGUCGGGACAGACUCUAAUUUCAAGUUGGAUCAAAAGCAGGGUGUCGCUCUCGCCGAAGCAAUCUCUCCGCUCUUCUCAUACGGAUGGUUCUCGGACGACGCCAGAGAUGUCCGAGGCACAGAAAUCUGCCGCCAACCCGACUCUGUCUCAGACAGACGUUUCUGGUGUCUCUUCGCAUUAA